CCGCUGGUGCCGCGCAGGAUCAUACCAAGCACCGCCUGCGUGUCAGUGCAGUCGACUUACAGCUGGCUGUGAGGACAACUGACGCGACCUUUUUUUAAAUUUCUCCUCUUUAUCACCGCGAUACUUUCCUUUAGAAUAAUAAUAACAAAAAGUGUCCUAAACUGCCUUUGAAUAAGUUGGGUGGGAAAACAAGUUAAAGUUGGAGGCUGGGCCUUGAGCUUUUUGACCGUCGCUUGAGCGGAGAAGGGAAGAAGAAGAAGAAGAAGAAAAAAAGCUGGUCUUUUUUGAAUUGUUUUUUUUUUUCAUAUUAAAACUCGAUAAAUGCUACUAACGAAAAUGGACCUGUUGAACUACCAGUACCUGGACAAGAUGAACAACAACAUCGGCAUCCUCUGCUACGAAGGUGAAGCAGCUUUGAGGGGGGACCCCAGACUCCAGUCCUUGUCCCUAUCCUCGUCCUCCUCGUCAUCGUCCUCCUCUUCGUCAUCGUCCUCCUCAUCCUCCUCCAUCUCGAGCCACAGGACGGGUCCUCCUCCCAUCAGCCCCACCAAGAGGAAGCUGAAUGGGGACCAGGGGGACAGCGACAUGGACGAAAACGAGCACGUGGCCAAGAUGAGCCGACUGUUCGCUGCACAGCUGAAACCCAGCGGAGACUACCGCAGCUCCCCUGUCUCUAAGGACCGGAGCCGGAGCCCCAUCGAGCGAGUGGUGGUGCCCGGCGGCCUGGGCGUCCACGGCAACCACCUGUACAGCCACGCCCACCACCACCACCACCACCACCACCACCACCUGGCCAGCUUAGCCAGUAUGGACCAGCCACUGGCACUCACCAAAAACAGCAUGGCGGAGUCUGCACGAAGCAGCACAGCAGCUAUGACCACAGUGCCACACACCGUCAGCGCCGUGGAACGCCAGCAGAAUCGUCCCUCUGUGAUCACAUGCGCCCCGGCCAACAACCGCAACUGCAACCUGUCUCACUGUCCCGUCUCCCACAACGGCUGCUCAAGCCUCACUAACAACUACAGGAGAAUCAACACCAACACGGCCUGCGACCCGGUGAUCGAGGAGCAUUUCCGCCGCAGCCUUGGGAAGAACUACAAGGAGCCCGAGCCCACUGCCACCAACUCGGUGUCCAUCACCGGCUCGGUGGACGACCACUUCGCCAAGGCGCUGGGCGAGACCUGGCUGCAGAUCAAGAACAAGGGGAGCCCAUCGUCGUCCGGCAGCAGCCCAAACUCCUCCCCCAACAGUCACAUGGUCAAUCACAACCACUCCCCUUCUGUGGUCUCCUGAAGGGUGGGGGGGGGAUUUUAGAGGGAUUUGCCCCCCCGUCUCCCCAGCCCCCUCCCAAUCACCCCAGCGUCCGCGUCCCCAUCGCUUGUCUCUGUCACCAGCAACCCAGAGGCAGCGCCUGCCCGCUGGUCCGCUAAAGACAUCCACAACACUCUCUCUCUGCACUCACAGAGGAUCAAAUAAGCAAUAACAAAAUCUUUCUGUCCCCUCUGGUGUGCGAAGGCCAGACGAUGAUCAGUAAUGAGUGAUGAGUGCUUGACUUUGGGGACUGACUGGAGCAUCAAGCUGCUUUGUCCUUCCAUUCAUUCAUCCAUCAUCAUCAUCAUCAUCAUCAUCAUCAUCAUCAUCAUCCCUGCGUAUCAAGGUCGGAGCGGAGCAAGUGUCUGUAGUUAUAUGUACAUAAAAAGAGAGAGGAGAGGUGGCGUUUUAAUUAUUAAUUUUCUUCUUCUUUUUUUGUUUUUUUUGUUUGUGUCUUUAACAGUAGUUUUGUGUUCUGCUUCUGUGUUAUGAGAUGCCUGGUGUUCGAUAGAGGAGAUAAGAACGAAAAUAACUUUGGAGAAAAUAAUAAUCACAAACCACCUGACUGUGCUACCAAAGAAACCUUUAGAUGUUGGUGUGUGUCGAGGCCCACAUCAAAAACAACAACAACAUACAAGACGCCAUCUCGUACUGUCGGCUCGUCACUCGUUUUUUCUCUCUUCUUUUUUAAAUCUCUCCCCCUGUAGUUGUAAACGUAAUCCAUCGACUGAUUUGCACUACUGCCAUCGAGGGGGUGUAGGCCGGCCUGUCAACAUCACAAUCUGCAACUGAUGAAGAUGAUUUAGACGCAAAAAUUAGACCAAAUUUAAUUUUCUGCCGUCUAUUUGAUCUCCCUCCAACUUGAUUUACAUUCCACGUCUCCCAAUUAUUUAAAAAGAACUGUAGUUAAGCCGUUGACUGAAAAGUAGCUUCUGGCGACCACUGUCCUGUCGGGUGAGAGUACCAGAAACCAAGUUCAUCACUGUGUGACAUGUUUAAUGAACGCGAACCACACUGACGCCUCCCCACCGGCACUCGAGUCCACACCGAGUCACACUUGCGGGUGCAGAGAUUGCUCCCUAUUAAAGGUUGGGGGCAUAAAAACAAUCAGGUCGAAGCAAACACCCGUCACCAUGGAUGCUAAUAGAAGCAUUAUUGAACCCAGCUGCUGUAUUAUGCCACUUCCCCCGAGCCACAUCCCAAGCCAAGAAAAGUGUCGGGAAAAUGCACCAAAGUCAAUUUUUUGUGUGUGUGCGCAAAGACAAAAUAUGCAAAGCGAAAUGAGUUAAAUCCACUCGGCCUCCAGCGGCGGAAGGUACGAGGACGCGGUCGAGUCUCUUCACCCACCUGUCUUCACCAUCGUACUGAGAUUCACAUCAAAGUAUUCAAAAUCUAUUGGGGGUAGUAAAUACAUCAUACCACCCUCAAGGCUCAGGAAAAAAAACACACCAAACAUCCAAUUUGUGAAUUAAUGAAUCGGUGUAGAUUGAUAUCGGCGUUGAAUAAAUAUAUUUCGGCCCCAAACAAAAACACACUAAACUAGUUCACCUUGUUAGAACAAUGUGCCAAGUUGUCGUGUGGUGGUGAUUUUUAAAACCAGAGCACAGUCAGGUUUCAUCAAACCCGCGCACGUCGUGUCGACGACGGACGUCGAGCAUGUUAGAACAAAAAGCAAAAAAACACAAACUACAAUGUGCAAAACUGCAUUGUGUUGACGACCGGUCUCUGCCGAACAAUGUGCUUUGAUGCGCUUCACGGGGGCUUUAACUGCUGACGGCGACGGGGGGAUAGAUGACACUGCAUGUCACUUUGUGGCCGAAAGAAAAGAAGGAAAGAAAAAAAAAAGGAGAGAGAACUGUCUGGUUUCUCGGCGACCGGGGGAGAAAAGAUGAAUCAGAUCUCUUCAAACGUGCCUUUGUUAUUUGUGUAUCUCUUCGAACACGGGUGUUGUAAUUAUAUUUGACUCGCACCCCCCUACUCCCCCCCCCCCCUCCCCUACACACUGUGGUUUGGUAGAUUUCUAUAAGGUUUGAAGGGUAAACUAAUGCUUUUACAGAUGCAUGUAUUUUUUUUUUUUGUUGUUGUUGUUUUUUAAUAGCUGGUAUCUAUUAGUGUUUUUUAAGCAUUUCAAUCUAAACUCCUAUUAUCCUUUUCACUCAGACGUUAGUUGUUACUUCUUUCAUCGUUAGUAACGGACAUAGACACUAUACACUCACUGCUGGGUCAGUCGUACUCCAUAUUAUUAUUGUUAUUGUUAUUAUUACAACUUUUUGUACUUUUUGUUUUCCAUUAAUAUCAGUAUGGUAACAAACAAUGUGUGGUGGGGACAGCCUCCGGACAGGCUCUGUUUUAGUGACGAGAGCUGUGUCUCUCUCUCUCAAAAGAAAGAAGAUCCCUCAGCGUGACCGCGGAGUCGGCUUCGGCAGGCGCCGCCCGUUAAGGUUUUUUCUGUCAGAUGUUGAUCCAUCGGUGGUACAGGAUGCUACGCAGCCGUCAGCCGGCCGAGCUGAGACGCCAAAUUAGUCUGUCGGACCUUGUUUUUGUCCUUUUCACCAAAAAGCAUCUGAGCCUGAGAUAGAAUAAAAAGCUAAUUGUCGUGGGUUUAUGUGGAGCGCCGUCUUCUUUGCACAUUCUCAAAGUGCGUUGGAGAAGACGAGCUGGCAGGACAGAAAGCCUUUGGGAGGAAACAAGGUCUUAAUGACGGUGAGAGUGAGUGAUGACGGCUCCCAGACUUUUUAAAAAAGCGUGCUAUAAAUAGUUUUUUAAAUUUAGUUUCUACAUAAGACACACAGUAGCAUUUGGAAACCAUUGGAGAGACAUGAGCGAAGGACACACUUGGUCGGUGGUUAUCUGAAUUCACGGCGAGCCGUCGGAACUCUCUCGGCCCUCAGCAGUUGACUCGUCUUCGUGUCCUGACUUGGCGUCCAGACUUGAUUUUUUAUUUUUUUUUUUGUAUUUCACUGCUUUCUGUUCUGAACAACAUUGUAUUGUUGCUGCAGUUAAGCUAGACUGCUGCAGUCUGGAGAAGAAAUGAAUUUCAAGGUGGCAUACAUUCCUCCUGUAGGGAACUUUGUACAGGGCCUCGUUCACACUCGCCGUCGCCACGUCAACAGACGGAGCUCCCCGCCGACGUCUUUAGGUCGCGCGCCUUUUACCUGGAGAGCAAAAGGUGUCUCCACGUCUGCUCCUUUUUGGCCACAAAUCCAAACCACAUGACAAAGGAACAACUGACGCCAUAAAGGUUUCCACGAGUGUAGAACUUAAAGAACUCGGAGUUGGAAAACGUUCUGUGUCAUUCAGUAAUAAAAGCACAGAAGUGUCGAUGCUGAAGUUUACAGAUGACAGUUCUUUUUUUUUUUUGAUUUUAGUCCCUUUGUUUAUCCAAUUACGGCGAGUAUAUCUAUUAAAGAGUUCUCUACAUGGAACGUCGGUGAUCUGUACAAUGUCCACACAUUCCAUCCUCCGCUAUCGGAAACAGAUGUGACAGAACCACAGCCGAUGGGUUCUAGAAUCCCAGAAUAUUUAAAAUACAUAACCAAACUGCCAGAGUGUUAAUUUCUCAUAACAAACAGGUCCUCUACGAUCUCCACGUUCAGAGCGCUGUGGACGUUGAGGGGUGUUUUUUUUUUUCCCCGUGGGGAGGGGCGGAGCUUCAGGAGCUGAGCUUCUGUAAGUGCGGUCUGUGAGCCGGCAGGCGCUCAGCGGCCGCUCGGUCUUUUCACAGUGACUCCUCCUCAGGUCCAGUUGACCCUGAUCAGGAUUGGAUAUAGUUAGCGACUUGCUAGAAGACAUGAGGGAAGAAGGGGCUCGGGUGUCCAGAAGAUUUUGUUUUUCUAUUAUUAUUAUUAUUAUUCUUAUUCUCUCUCAUUAUCGUUUCACUACCACCCUGUAGGUAGGAGGCUCCUUCGUUUCGCUCCGGCGCACUCUCCCUACACACUGUAGGAAAAUCACUUAAUAAAAAAACAAAAUACUUUUUUAUAAUAGGAAACUAUAAGACCAUCAUUACGCUGUGCGUAACGAAUGUACAGAGAAAAAAAAUCUUAGGUAUUUUUUUGAGGAACAAUUAAUUUGUUAAUGAUAUGUAGCUAUUUAAUUGUUUUCCCUGUCCUUAUAUUGUAAUCAUUGCAUUUUCUUUUUUUUCUUUUUUUUUUUGUGAAAAAGUUGAUCUUUUUUGUUUAUAGAGUUUGUCUCGUUAGCGUAAGAAAAGGUUCAAGUGCAGGAGCACAGGAAACAGGAAACCACAACAAAGCCACUGGUGUGUCAGUGACAAUAGCUACUUCCGCUGGUCCCCGAUGUUAUGAAAUCAUUUGAAUUUGUCCGAGACGUCUGAACACACAUCUUCACUCGUGAGCAAGAAGAGUUUGUCCUUUCGACGGGCUCUCCUGCGUCGGUGGAGCAGAAUGAUUUUUUUGCCACUAGCCCAGUGCGGAUUUGUGUCGGCCAUUUCCAAACCAUGUUCAUUUUAAACCGUAAGAUCAAUAUUAGUCGUGGGCUAGCAGGGCAGGUGACAUUUCCACUACUGCAUGUCGGCAAAUUGUGGGUUUUUGAAAAAGUCUUGACGACUGAUUUUUUUUUUUUUUUGGUUUGACAGACUGGAACCAAGUGAUGAGUAAAAAGUCUUGUUUUGAGUCUGAAAACACUCGGUUUUGGUUUAACUUGUCUAAAAUGAUGAAAAUCCUAAUAAAAAAAAUAUUUCAUUCAUACAAUUUCAUCUGCUUCAUUUGGGGCGGGCGAGAGGAGCGAAGCAGCCAAUGAGCUCUGGCGACGCUCCGGUUCCCAUCUGGAGGCCGUUCUGCAUCUGUAAACACCACGAAGACUGAGCAGAUGAAUCAAAGAGAAGUCCGUCUCUUACUCUUUCUCUACCACAUUUUCCAGGUCUUGUUUUUGAAGUGGAAGUAGCAUGUACUUAGUGGUAGUAAUACUCUGAACUGUAAGAAAAAUCAUCAGUCAAUUUGUGGCUCUGUGUCUCCUACUAAAAAGGUUUUGGCAGGCCACCUUUUUUUUGUACGUAAAGUAGCCUUGAUGAACAAUAAAGUGCUUUUAAACCCC